AUGGCCGGCGCAAUCGACGGCGCCUCCUCCAUCACCGUCGCCGUUCGUGUGAGGCCCUUCACCAUCCGCGAGGCUGCACAACUAACCCGCGUCGACGAUGGCCCUCUCUUCCUGGGCGACGGCUCUCUGGCUGCUGCGCCCGUCCAGCGCCAUGCCGGCAAGGGCAUCAGAUCUGUCAUCAAGCCUUUCACCUUCGACCGAGUCUUUGACGACAACACAACCCAAGCCGAAGUCUAUGAAGCCACCACCAAGAACCUCCUCGACAGCGUCUUUGACGGCUACAAUGCCACCGUCUUUGCCUACGGUGCCACGGGCUGCGAGAUGUUUGAGAGGAUCGGCGAGAUGCAGGAGGAGAAACAAACAGAGGUUACGCUUUCAUAUCUCGAAAUCUACAACGAGACGAUCCGCGACUUGCUCAUCCCUGUCGGCGAAGUCACCAAGCGAGGACAGGGCCUGAUGCUGCGCGAAGACGCCAACCAGGCUGUUUCGGUCGCAGGCCUCACCUCGCAUCGUCCCCAGAAUAACCGCACUCAGUCACCCACCGAAGCCAAUGCAACAUCGUCCAGAUCCCACGCCGUCCUGCAGAUCAAUGUCGCUCAGAAGGAUCGUAAUGCUGGCCACUCGGAACCCACCACCUUUGCAACUCUCUCAAUCAUUGAUUUGGCUGGAUCAGAAAGAGCUUCGGCGACAAAGAACCGCGGCGAGCGCUUGCUCGAAGGUGCCAACAUCAACAAGUCUUUGCUCUCUUUGGGCUCAUGCAUCAACGCUUUGUGCGAUCCAAAGAAGAAGAACCACGUACCCUAUCGCAACAGCAAACUUACCCGUCUGCUCAAAUUCAGUCUGGGUGGAAACUGCAGAACCGUCAUGAUAGUCUGCGUCAGCCCGAGCUCCGUACAUUUCGACGAAACACAAAACACUCUACGCUACGCCAACAGAGCCAAAAACAUCCAGACCAAAGCCGUCCGCAACGUCUUUAAUGUUGACCGCCACGUCAAGGACUAUCUGAAGAAGAUUGACGAACAGAUGGCCCUUAUCAAGGAUCUACAAGCCCAGCACAAGGAGUUCGAAUCUCUCGCCUUUACCAAGUUCAAGAAGGUCGAAGACAAGAGGAGUGCCCUACUCAAGGAAGCUCUUGCCAGGAUCCGCGCGGCAUACGACCACUCAGGCGAUGAGCGAAAAGAGUACAUCAACAACAUGAAGCGACUGCGACAGAUUGAACGCAGAAUCGGCCUUAUCUCUGCCUGGAUUGGUAGUUUCGACCAGAUUAGUGAGAACCGCGAGGACGAGGAACCACCGCUCAGCUUGACAUCCAUGCGUAAGACCGCUGUAGGUAUUCUCGCCGAGCUCGAGGGAAGCAGACAGCACUAUCACAAGCGCCUUGCAAAGGUGAGCUGGGAGCGUUCUCUAGACACGGCCCUUCAAAAUGGCAUACGUCAAAUGCAAGAAGUCGACACUUCAACGUCCAUGACAUCUCCUGCGGUUGCAAGCCUGAAGCAAGAGGUCGAGGUACUGCGCAGCAGAGCAGAAAGAGAAGCACAAUCCGCCGUCCUGGACCAGGAGAAGACAGGCGAUGCCGCGCUUGUACAAGUCCUGCUUCAAGCACACUUUGAGACCAUCGCCAUUCUAGGCCAGAUCAUGCAGAUGGAUGAAGAAGAGGCCGUCAAAGCAGCCAAGAUGGUCCUCACCAAGUUGCUCAACUCGUGUACAGAGGCUACCUCGCAAGUCAUCCGACCAGACGGCGGUCUUGCCAUCAUCGAAGCAGUACCACCGACCAAGUCAGGGACACCCAAGAAGAAGAAGGCAAUCAAUCUGGCGGGCCCUUCUCCGAUAAAAGCAAAGAUUCGCCCAAGCAUGAUUGCUCCACAAUUCAGGCAGUCUCCUAACAUGGGACCAUCUCCAACGUCACCCAAGCGAAGGAAGAUAGGAGGAGUCGCAAGAAAGUCAGUAGUGUCCUUCAAUGGCGGUACACCCAAGAAGAAGUUAUCAUCACCAGCCAAGAUGGCAAAGCGUGGUGUGAGAUGGCGGGAUGAUACUGAAGAUGGCAGGCUAGAAGAAUUCCAACCGACACCGCCGGGACUGGAUUCUUCGCUUAAUGAGCCAGACUUGUCACAAUUCGGUCGGUCGCAGUCUCAACAAGGCGAUCACUCUGACAACCUCGACUCUAGUCCCAUCCCUCCGCCACCAGUACCAUCAUCUGACCUCCGCUCGAGAAAUAGCCGUUUUCAAGCAGGAUUCCUCAAGAAAGGUGAUGUAUCACCUGCGAUGCCAGCACUAUCCAAUCUCGCAACGGCGGCGUCCGAGAACCUAUCGCCCAUUCCAAUUCGUCUCCAGAAAGCUGCAGAGUUUGCCAGCGAUGAUCACACUGGCAGCAGUGCUUCCGACAACGAAGACCCCACAAGAUCACUUCAAGACUCGGCUUUACAGAUCCAGUCCGCGAUGAGAAGGCGUGUAUCCUCCGGCUCGAAUAGGCAUCGCAGACGCAGUCCCGCCGCCCAGACAAGUGGUUCGCCAAACUCAUCCAACGAGAACAAUCUCUUUACAGCAAGUCAUGCCCGCCGGAUGGUUAAGAGCGAGAAAGGCGAGGCGACGAAUGUUUUGAGUCCACGUUCGGCACCGGUGGUCAAGAAUGCACCCAGCAUGCCUAGUCUGCGCAAUGUGUCUCGGGAGAGCAUCAUUGGUACUGGAAGCAUGCGCGUGGCUCCUAUCCGCACACAGAGCAUGGCUGCGAGGAAGGAUGUUCCCUCUGCCAAAACUGUCUGGAGGUAG